UCGUCGGGUUCGGCGUCAGUUUGGGCGUGGAACCAGUUCGCGAAUUUUACGAUCUGUGGCGAGGACAUAUUUCUUCAAUUGGAAACUGGUCAGAAACGCUUGGUCACGUGCGAUUCGCCGAAGAGGGCGUAUUCGGAAGCGAUGGAAUAUUUGAAGAAGGUCUCGAACGAUUCAUCGAUUAUCGACCAAUUGAGUGUUGGACAGGCGUCGGAUGGCAAUAAAUUCGAGGUGGUCAAAUUUUUGGUGGGGUUGAUAAACGAGAUGCGAAUAACACACGAGCAGUUGUUGUACGACAAUUACGGCUUGAGUUCCCAUAUAUUCGAGCAUCUCAACGCCAUCUUUCUUCAUAUCGACGAUCAGCCAAAUUGGGAUCCAAUUGACUCGUGGCCAUCAAUCUUGUCACAGGGUCUUCAAGCUGAACCAAGCGUUCAAGAUGGAACGCCAUCAACACCAAAAACUUUGUCAAGAGUUCGACCGUCGGGUUUUACAACAACACGUAGAUAUCAUCAUCAUUCACUCACAAGACAGAGUCCUCUCGCUGAAUCGCUGUCUUCACCAAGAAUUCGAGACGCACGUAUUCUGCGUCAAAAAGAACGCGAGAUUAAAAAUUAUCGAGAGCGAAUCAAUUGCCUGGAAUGCGAGAAAGAUGAUCUGGAGGGGCGAGUGUCAAGUUUGAACGCUGAGAUAUUGAAGCUUUCAAAACGAGCGGACGAUAUGGCGUCCGUAACGGAACGAUUGCGAAAGGAAUCGCACUUGGCCAAAGUUGAAUCGGAAGAAUGGAAACAAAAGGCGUUCAUGAACGCAGAAGCCGUCAAAGAGUCGAAAAGAAAAAUCGACGAUUUGAUGGAAAUGAAGCUGAUUCAAGAGACGGUUCUGAGACGUUCCGAUUACGAAUUGAGCGAAAAAAACGGCCAGUUGGAAAGUGAACGUACUCAGAACCAAGCGUUGAUGAAGAAGCUCACCGAUUCUAACCAACAGAAUGAACGUCUUUAUCAGGAUUUGCAAAAUAAAACGGAUUCCAUCAAUGAAAUGAAACGGUUGUUGGAGAUUCGAAACAAUGAAAUCGACGAAUUGAAAAUGACGCUUGAAGGGUUGAGAGAAAGGAUACACGAUGAGAAACAAGCUUACGACUUUCAAUUAUCGCUACAAGUGGACCGAUGUCAAGAUCUGGCCACUGAACUGAGCCUUCAAGAGCGAAAACUUGAAGAGCAACAAACCAAACAAGAGCUGGAUAUGCAAAUGAAGCAAGUGUUAGAAGAGCGAGAGAAGCAGUGCGAAGAAAUUCGAAAGUUGAGAAUGAAACUUUCGGAUGUCGAAAGGCAGUUAUUCUCAUCGCAAUCCGAACUCAAAUUUGAGCGAACAAAACUCAGCCAAGUGUCAACCGAAAACCAGUCGAUCACGGAAUCACUCACUGAACUGCAGGAAUCAUUCAAACAGGUUGUUACUGAGAAAAUGAACUUAAUGGCCAGUUCGGAAACAACACAAAGGGAGCUUGAGGAAUGCGAAAAAGAGAUGUCAAAAUUGAGGGAGCGAUUCGAGUGUCAGAAGAAUGAAUUGAACUCGCUUCAUAAGGAUUCAAUCUCGAGGAUGAAACAAUGGUCAGCUGAGAAAGCAGAAUAUCAACGACAAAUUGAUACACUCAAAGACGCACUUCAAAAACUCGAGCGUCAUUCAGAAGAGGCGAAAGAGUUUGCUGCGAAAGAGAAGGCAGACUUAGAAAUUCGCUUAUCGUCAGUGGUAAAGGAACGUGAAGAUGUGAAGGUACAGCUGGCCUCUCAAAAGGAAUCUUCAAAGAAACGAGAAGAGGAAUUGUUAUCGGAGUUGGCUGAAAAGGUGAGCUUAGUCAAUGAACUCGAAAUGGAGAGCAAUGAUAAGUGCGCUGAAGCACAACGUCAGCUGACAGCGUUGGUUGGUCGGAACGAAGAAUUGGAAAAGAAAGUCAACGACUACAACACAACAAUUAAAGAACUUCGUCAGAAAUUCGUUCACGAUCGUGAAUUGGCUGAAUGUGAGCAGAAGAAAAUGAAUGCACAAAUGAAGACGCUAAGUGAACAGAUCAAUCGCCUGGAAGACGCUAAGGUUUCACAAUCGGAAAUUGCCGCACAUAAAGACGCACUUCUGAAGAGUGAGUUGGAUCAAAUACGUCGCGAGCACAACAGCUUAUGGGAAGAAGCAACUGAAUUGAAGCAGAUGCAUGCGAAUCUAUCUGAGGAACUUGUUCGACGAGCCUCCUAUGAGGAGCAACGGGAAUUCGGAUAUAAAAGACAAAUAGAACAACUGAAAAAUGAUCGUAAACAAAAAGAUGCGAUCAUAAGCGAACAAAUUCGAAUGAUGGCAACAAUGCGUCAAAAGUAUGAAAUGAGAGCGUCUCGCUACGAGGAGAAGUUAUCAGGUAUUGAGGCGAUAAACGAGAGUGUAUUGCGUGAGAGGGAUGAGCAAAAAGCGAAUGCUGUGUGCUUCAAGAGCAAUAUGGAACACCUUAGCCAACUAUUGGCUGAAGAACGGGAGACGAAUAAAAAAAUGCAAAAGCAACUUGACGACUUUGCAUUCGAGAAGGAAGAUCUGAAACGACGAUACCAAGAAGCAACUGAAAAAGCGGAUCAGCAGCACAGAGAAUACCAGAAUCUGAAAGAAAAGCAGAACGAGCUGGAGACGAACCUCCAGCUGGAGGCGAAACGCUAUGCAGUGCUUCAAGAAGAGGUGGUUCAAAGUAGAAAAGCUCCUCCACUAUGUCACGAAUCCGGCGUCAUCAGACUUAAUACAGCCGAUGAAGAAAGCAGUAUGGUCUCAGGGACUAUAGGAAGAACCACGUACGGGCUCAGUUUUCCAGGAAUACUGUCGACCACCCUAAUCGAACACCCAUCAGCAGACAAAAGUAUCACGUUCUCUCAGUCAAUGCUGAAUUCCCAUAAUGCAACGGCCAGCUCAUCAAACAGCAUCGACAGCGAUCGCAUAAGAGAGCUACAAAGACGUAACACGCUUGCGCCGUACCAUAUGAGGUCGUAUCCGCAUGAAGUUUCGUCACUUUUCAGUGAGCGCGAUCUUCACGAAGACGAUUUUCGCAACAAUCAAAAUUUCUCACCCUCAACGAACGUUACGAAGAACCGACGAUCUGCGUUCAGUAAGUUAGGUGGGCGCAUGGUUGCAAAAGUUUUAUCGUCCAGUGUUGUUCGAGAAUCGCCCAAACUGGGAAAUGCAUUGCGCAGAAGGAUCAGGAGACCAUUUGCAUCCUUAAAUGAAUAA